AUUACGCUUGUGAACAUUCAGUGAUACAAGAGCUCAUGUCAGUGGCAGAAAUCAGCAGGUAGUGUUUCAGUAAUGUGGGUUGUAAUGCCUACUGUAGCCUCUGAUAUACUACAUGCUCAGUUUUAAAGCUCGUCAACAUGCAAAUUCUCUACAGCCUGUGGACGAUUCCCACUGUCAGAUAUUUGUAGAAGAUAAUCACCCUCAGCAGUAGUGACUAUUUGAAUUAAUUCACAAAUAAAAACUGCAUCUGCACAUUACAAUAUUACUCCUAAUUUUAAGGAGGUUCCAAGAGAUGCAGAAUGCUGCAGAACAUUAGUUUGUUCUAUAUUGUUUUGGAAAAUAACCUGAUAUGGAAAAUGUAAAUUAUAGAAUAUAAAUUUUAUAAUAUAAAUUAUGAAAUAUGAAUGAUGGUAUGCCUAAUAUUAAGUAAACUAUAUACAUUUCUUGACAUUGAUUUGUGAACUUUAAAUAAAAUACUGACUAAUUAUAUGCUUUUCAGCAGUUGCAUUAACUUUGAUUACAACAUUCUUAACUUUUUUUUUCCUUCCUUCUAAAUUUACCUUCGUGAUCAUCUAUCGUAGAUACUGAAGGAACUAAAUUGUGGUGUCCCAUCUUCAGUAUUUAAUAAAACUACUAUUAAUUUACAGGUGUUGUAACACCACUACUUCUUUUAACCUGUUCCAUUAUUCUGUUACUUUUUUUAAGGAAUGCUCUUUCUAGUAUCCUCUUGACUCUUUCUUUUCCUCAGAUUAUAGCUGUGAUUAUUUUUGUUCUUUCAUAUGGUGGUGGUAAAAAAUUUUCCUUAUAGUUCCUCCUAUUUUUUUUUGUUUGCUAUUUUAAUAUAGUAUGUCCAGUGCAUUCAACCUUUAUUUUUGCCACUUUAUACUGAACUUCUGAACUUUUUAUUUUCUUGCUUGUUCAGUUCAGUUUAUUUAGGCUUGAACACCAAACCUCCAAUACUAAAAUAAAUUUGGUCUAACAUAUAUUCAGGGGCUUCCCACUCUGCUACUUUUUUUACCAUCAUCAUAAUGUAUGUCAUUUUCUAUAUAUCUGCCAGUGUAAUCUCUUAAUGUUGCCUCAAAGCAUUGCUAGAGAAGAUCCCUUAGUUUUUUUUAACGUCCUUUUAUGACCCAUGAUACUAUCUUGUCUGGUUCUGUUGUGUUUUUCUGCCAACAUCUGUUUGUAGAUUCCUAACCUGGUUUUCAGAGGUUUCAUUACCGUCUAUUGUUUAGGGAUUAUAUCUGCACCAUCGAAGUUGUCAUCAUAUGUAAAGGAUUGGGAACUUUGUUUUGUCUCUCAUUUUUCCUCUGGGCUUUUUUUUUUUUUCAUACUCAUUUCUUUAUAUUUGUCUUUUACACUUAAGUUUUAUUAACAAGCAAAAUUUUGUUCCAUCUUCUAUCUUUUUUUAUGCACAGUUUGCAUCCUUUUAUGCACCAUUUAAUGGAUCUUACGGGUAAAAUUAGCACAUGGAUAAAUACAUACUAUAUUAAUGUGAAAGUUCUCACUCAAGAAACUUUGUCAUGAAAUCAAGUUUAAAAGUCACAUGAAUAUUUAUGAAAGUCUGGAGCCAUAUCUAUGUUUAAAGUGUUCAGAAGUCUUUGCAGUAAAAUCAGAUCUAGAAAACACUUAGGCAUUUAUAAUGGAGAAAAAUAUUAUCAUUGCUCAGGGUAUUUAAAGUCCUUUUUGAAGAAGUCAGAUCUAACCACCAACAUGAGAGUUCAAAAAGGAGAUGAACCAUUUAAAUGUUCAGUGUGUCAAAAGGCUUUUAAAGAAAAAUCAUAUGUAGCUAUCCAUAUGAGAGUUCAUACAGGAGAGAAACCUUACCAGUGUUCAGUGUGUUUAAAAGUCUUUUCACAAAAAUCACACCUAACCACUCACAUGAGUAUUCAUACGAAAGAAAAACCACAUCAGUGUUCGGAGUGUCAAAAAUUUUUUUCAACAAAGUCAUAUCUAACAAAACAUUUUAUAACUCAUGUAGGAGAGAAGCCAUAUCACUGUUCAAUUUGCCAAAAAGCUUUUAAAAGAAAGUCAAAUCUAGGAAAACACUUAAAAGUUCAUACAGGAGAGAAGUCUCAUCAGUGUUCAGUGUGUGUAAAGGCCUUCUCAAAUACAACAGAUCUUGCUAUUCACAUGAGAGUUCAUACAGGAGAGAAACCAUAUCAGUGUUUAUGGUGUCUAAAGGCCUUUUCAAAAAAAUCAAAUCUAACUAUCCACAUGCGAGCUCAUACGGGAGAGAAACCAUAUCAGUGUGGUGAUUGUCAAAAAGCUUUUGUAGUAAAGUCAGAUCUAACAAACCACAUUAGAAGUCAUACAGGAGAGAAACCAUAUCAGUGUUCAUUUUGUAAAAAAUCCUUUCGUUAAAGUCAGUUUUAGGAAAACACCUGAGAAUUCAUACAGGAGAAAAACCUUAUCAGUGUUCAGAGUGCUUAAAAGCCUUUUCACAAAAAUCGGCUCUAACCACCCACAUGAGAGUUCAUACAGGAGAGAAACCAUAUCAGUGUUCAGAGUGUCAUACAGCCUUUGCAUUUAAGCCAUAUAUAAUUAAACACCUAAAAGCUCAUAAACAGG